ACCGUGUCAAACGAGCCCUUGCCCAUGUCGAGAAAGCUGUCAUCCGUUUGGGGCGGCGGCCGAUACCGCUCCGCCUCGUCGUCGAUCUCCAGGAACGAGGGUUUCUUCAUGAUCGACCGGCGCUGCAGCACCUGCUCCACGUUGAGUGCGCGUCGUGUGUUUCGCCGGGCCGGUGGAGGAGACAGCGGGAAGACAGGCACGAUGCUCAUGCGAUUCCCGGAGGUGUUGCCGUUGUCGUGCAGGCCCGUCGACGUCGAGGGGCGCGCGCGGCGCGGCGGGGGUGACAAGCCCGAGCUGCCCUUGACCUGGAUGAAAGAGGAGCGUGUGGGGGACCCGGGCGGGGAUACGUUUCUUCCCUGUGCAGUCGCCGGUCGCCCGGCCAAGACGGACGGCGCUCCCAACAUUCUCGAUAUGAGCGAGGGAGUGCGUGUCUUCGAAUGCGGGCCGGGCCCCACGGAGCUGCUUCCAGCGUGUUUCCCGCCGUCGUCUGCAUUGAGCGAAGGCGACGCUGGACGGAGCGGGAUGUCCACCGAGACCACGUCCGAGAGGGGGUUGGACAUCGACGUCGACGCGGAGGCGAAGGAGUUUACGCGCGGGCGACCGAUGUCGGCAUCAGGUCCGCCCUUCUGCACCAGCGCCUCGAGCCUCAGCAUCUCCGCCGGGGACAUGAUCUGCUGGGCAUAAUAAUCCCUAUUUGGCGACGUGGGAGGGCUCGUGAUGGGGUCCGUUGCCUCGUCCCAGAACGAGGACGUGACGUG